GUAUCUUAGACUUUUUUAUUGCAGCAUAACAUAUCAUACUUCCUUUCUUGCUCACCAAAUUCUUCUUAUUUUAUCAUCUUUCCCUACUUUCGUUCAUUCACCAAUUAGUACUCUACACAUAAAUGGCUACAACUACAGCAAUAGUUCUGUUCAUUUUGAUGACACUUUCACUCAUAUGGGCAUGGAAGAUUCUGAAUUGGUUAUGGUUGAAGCCAAAGAAGCUAGAGAAAUUUCUAAGAGAACAAGGACUAAAAGGGAAUUCAUAUAGGCUUUUAGUUGGAGACAUAAGAGAUCUUCUUAAGAUGAGAAAGGAAACAACAUCUAAACCUAUGAAUCUUUCUGAUGAUAUUGCUCCUCGUGUGUUUUCCUAUUUCCAUCAUAGUGUUGCAAAAUAUGGAAAGAAUUCUUUUAUGUGGUUUGGACCAACGCCAAGGGUGAACAUCUCAGAUCCUGAGCUAAUUAAAUAUGUUCUUAACAAAAUCUACGACUUCCAAAAGCCUAAUGCGAGUCCGCUUGUUAGGUUACUAGCUAAUGGUCUUGUAAACCUCGAGGGCGAAAAGUGGAGCAAGCACAGAAAGCUAAUUAAUCCGGCAUUCAAUAUAGAAAAAUUGAAGAUCAUGUUACCAAUUUUCUUCAAAAGUUGUGAUGAUUUGAUUACCAAAUGGGAGAGAAUGUUGUCAUCAGAUGGAUCAUGUGAAUUGGAUGUUUGGCCUUUCCUUCAAAAUUUGGCGAGUGAUGUUAUUUCUAGAACAGCAUUUGGAAGUAGUUAUGAAGAGGGAAAAAGAAUAUUUCAACUUCAAAUCGAGCAAGCUGAACUUACAAAGAAAGUUAUGAUACAAGUUUUCAUCCCUGGAUGGAGGUUUCUACCAACCUCUACCCAUAGGAGGAUGAAGGAAAUUGACAGAGAAAUAAAAGCUUCACUUACUGAUAUGAUUAACAAGAGAGAGAUCGCACUAAAGGCGGGUGAAGCAACUAAGGAUGAUUUAUUAGGUAUACUUUUGGAGUUGAAUCACAAAGAAAUGGAAGAACACGACAACAAUAAGGAUGUCGGAAUGAGUCUUGACGAUGUAAUAGAAGAAUGCAAGCUAUUCUACUUUGCAGGGCAAGAGACCACUUCUGUUUUGCUUGUUUGGGCAAUGAUGUUGUUGAGUAGGUAUCCUGAUUGGCAAGCUCGUGCAAGGGAGGAAGUAUUGCAAGUCUUCGGCAAUAAAAAACCAGAUUUUGAUGGACUAAACCAACUUAAGAUUGUCACCAUGAUUUUGUAUGAGGUUCUUAGAUUAUACCCACCCGCAAUCGCGACUUCUCGAAGUACUCACAAAGAUGUCAAACUUGGAAACCUAACAUUACCAGCCGGAGUGCAAAUUACCUUACCGAUAGUUUUGGUUCACCAUGACUCCGAACUAUGGGGUGAAGAUGCUAAGGUGUUCAAUCCUGAGAGAUUUUCUGGAGGAAUUUCCAAAGCAACAAAUGGGAGAUUUUCAUUUUUUCCAUUUGGAGGGGGUCCAAGAAUUUGCAUUGGACAAAAUUUUUCCAUGUUGGAAGCAAAGAUGGCAAUGGCAAUGAUUUUAAAAAAAUUCUCAUUUGAACUUUCUCCAUCUUAUGCUCAUGCUCCAACCCAAGUGAUUACCCUUCAGCCUAAAUAUGGUGUUCAUCUUAUUCUACGUAAAGUGGCAACAUAAUGCUCAUAAUGUAAAAUAAAAAUCUCAUAUUGUUGUAUAAUAUAUAAUAGAGUGUUGGUCAAUAAUGGGUUUCAAAUACUGUCGUAGGUAUUGAAACGGAUCUGAAAGUUAAAUAUGUAAAUAUAUAAUACAGGUGAUAAUGUAAUGGUGCAUGUUGUUUCUUA